UUAGUGCAUUCUCAGAACCUGGAAUAAUGCAAUAUGUGAGGCAGGAAAUUUAUUGGGGGGUCCAUGACCUGUUUGGCCUCACUGUUCCUAUGUCACACUAUGGCUCAAGUACUGACUGCUUUAAUUAAUUGCCCAUGAGCUAAACUCAUGCACGUUGUUGACGUAAUAUACAGAAGGCUGUAUUUGCCAAUGAGGACAUGGUGAGUCAAUUGUUGGGAAUUGUGUCAGCUAAAAGUUCUUUCUAUUUCAUAAAGUAAGUAGUGAAUACAUGAGUAUUUCAGAUAUCUCUCUGACACAAUUACAACCCUUGAUCUAUUAUUCUAUUUGACAUUGAAGUACAUUUGUAGGUAUAGUGUCUGCAGCACAUGUCACAAUAUCCUCUAUUCAUCAUUUCAAUGAAACUAAACACAGAACAUCUACAUCAAUCAACUUGACGACAGCAGAAGAGCAACCUAACAGACACUUGACAAGCAGACUUUAUUCGAUGUUUUCAACAACAACUGGUGACAAUGGAAGAGACUUCAAAACGAGUUUACUCAGUGACACCAUGACUAAAGAAAUGCAGUCGUUAGCCAAAGUAGCACCAUCUCCGACUCCAACUGUAUUGAGGAUGGAAAUCAGACAUGGUGACACCAAACCCUUGUCUGAAACAGAAACAACAAUGUUAGCUCCAACUACAACAAAGUUCUACGAUAAACGAGUUCUCAAGUCAAAUUUACUCGAUGGUAUCACAGAAGCAAAACUUUCAAAACAGCUACCGAUCUAUGUUAGUGGCAAAGAUUCAAUCAAUAUUACUUGUGGUACAUUGUGUCCAACUGUAACUGAAAAAACUGCAUACAUCAACCGUGCACAGAGAAGGUCAAUGUCGGUAAGGAUAAUCAGAAAGAGACAAGCAGAGAGAUUGCCAGAGUCCAGAUCAAAGUUGGCAACAGAAGUACAGAUAUCGGAAUUGGUUUCCACUGCCACUAACUACAAGCCUCGAUCUCUGACUACGCAAGCAACUCCUACAGCCACUGUCGGACAAAGCGUUGCCACUGCAUUGUCUCCAUCGGACUAUUCUCUGCAUGAAUCAGUAAACCCAACUAAAGUGUCUAGUACAAUGCGAUCAGUUCCAAUUUCUGAUGUCUUCACUACAAGUGAUUAUCAGACUGUUUCAACGACAACUGGAACAGCGGCCACAUCAGUUCUGUCUACCAAUCUCAACGUGACCAUAUUAUGUCUCAUUAUAACAUUACCCUUGUUGCUAACUGGCACGGUCCUCCUCGUUAUUUGCUGCAUUUGGAAAAGAAUCGGUAAUGAAGUAAAGAAAGCCAUCAACUUGAAGGCCACGAGGUGUCCACCCGAUAGUAAACCGAAAGAUUUUGACAAUGUUAGUCUCAAUUCAGUGGUUCAAGCUCCGAUUGAUGAAACCAAUACUCACACGACUUCUUCACACAAUCGUCAAGUGAAUAAAACAGAAAUCAAGCUGCGAGAUCUUCUCCAAGUAAAAGUAGAAGCACCACCACGAGGCAGCCACAGCACAUUCCCUGAACGAACUCAAUCUACUUCAGACAUUGCAGAGUGCUCUAAUUGCAAUCUUGAUGUUUCUGCCACAUAUUCCUUACGAGAAACGAUGAUGCAGACGAGACCUACAGCAGCGGGUAGGACUCGAGAAAGUGAUAAUCAAAGGGCGUCAGUGGAUUUGACUUGUGACAGUCGGCCGUAUUCGUUUGAAAACUUGUACAUUGAAGACGAACUCAAACAAAAGCUGGACGCAUUGAAGACGAGUAAACAUGACAAACCUAUUGAUUCAGUAACCAAAUCAUCUCCUGCUGACAAUGUGUUGUCUAAUGAAUGUGGGCAAACAGAGAAAGGUGGCACGGAGUGUUACCAUGAAGGACAAUUAUCAAGUAAGGUAACAGUCAAAGACAGUAACAAUUUAUCGUAUUUGACCGGUUCGCCUGAGUGUGACGGAUCCAGUCCUGUACUUCAGACAAUGACGGCAAGCACACCCAAGCUAAUGGACGAAGGAAUACAAGUAAGCAAUGUACCAAGACUGGAUGAGGACGAUCGCAAUGAUCAGCAGGACCGUCAAUCAUCCACUGAUGUCGAGCAAAUUGAUAUUGAAAUGGACAACGAACAAUAGGCAUUAAUACACAUUUGUGAAAUAUUCAAGUCAGACAAUCGCCGAGAUGGCGAGGUGCUUCGAUAGCUACACGAAAUUGUCAUGCCAGGUUUGACUGUAAUGUGAUAAAAGUCGAUUACUUGUUUACUGGCUUGUCUGAAUGUUAUUAAAGUUAGAAACAUGAAAUAUACUAAACAAUAGUGCAAACAUAUC